AUGCGGUUCGCCGUCAGCGGGAACGCCGCGUUCACCGGCGGCGCCGGCAUGCUCGCCCUAGCCUCUGCCCGUGCCUUGUUGGAACACGGCCUCGCGGGCCUCGCGCUCCUCGACCUCCCGGCGGCUUUGGAGAAAGGCGAUUCGGCCAUCACCACGCUCCGUCAGGACUUUCCUGCUGCGAAGAUCGUCACAUUCCCGUGCGACGUCACCGAUGCGCAGGGUAUGAACACCAUCGCGCAGCAGGUGCGCGACCAGCUGGGCAGCGUCAACAUCCUCUGCUGUUUCGCGGGGAUGGUCAACUGCGUGGCCGCCGAGGACCUCGCCAUUGAACAGUGGCGGCGUGUCAUCGAUGUCAACACGACGGGGUCAUGGAUCGCCGCUCAGGCGUUUGGACGGUAUCACCCCUGUCAUUUAUUCCCUGAGAGAUGA